AUGGCAGAAGAGGUGAUCGCAGAAGCGUUUCAACCCCAGCACUUUGUCUUCGUGCAUGGCGUGGGCCACGGAGCCUGGUGCUGGUUCAAGCUCCGGCACCUCCUUGAGGCCUCCGGUCACCGAGUCUCGUGUCUCGACCUCACGAGCGCCGGCAUCGACCGCACCGGCGCCGACUCCGUGCGCUCCUUCGAGGAGUAUGAUAAACCUCUCUUCGAUUUCAUGUCGGCCCUGCCUGAUGGCGAGAAGGUAAUUUUAGUAGGACAUAGUGCUGGAGGGUUAUGCGUGACUCAUGCUAUGCAUGAAUUCAGUGAUAAAAUCAAGCUAUCUAUCUUCAUUGCUGCCACAAUGCUUCCAUCAGGGUUUUGCUCCGAAGAAGAUGCCAUAGAUGGAAUCCCCGAUUUAACAAAAUAUGGUGACGUUUAUGAGCUAACGUUCGGUUUAGGGCGUGGUCAUUCCCCCACCAGCAUGGCUCUACGCAAGGAAUUUCAACGCCCAAUAUUAUAUCAAUUGAGCCCUGAAGAGGACUCCACUUUGGCUUCAAUGCUACUACGCCCAUGGCCAUCUGCAGUGGCAAGGGCAACAUUUAGAGGGGGAGAAGAGAAAGCGAACAAGGUGCGAAGAGUCUUUAUAAGGACAGCACAUGAUAACAUGGUAAAGCCCGAGCAGCAAGAUGCCAUGAUCCGGCGGUGGCCACCGUGCGAGGUGGUGCAUAUGAAGACCGAUCAUUGCCCUUUCUUCUCUGCGCCUGCCGAGCUUUCUGAAAUAAUACUUAAAGCCUCAACUUCUAAUUAUAAUUAAUAAUUGUCGAGACUAGCUCCUAGUAAUAAUGCAUGUAAUUGGUACCAUGGUUUGGAAAACAGAGGCAUAAACCAUUAGGAGCGAAAUCGAAAUAGUACAUUUUAUCGGAAAGCAUGUUU